AUGCGGAGAAAAACUUUUACAGGGUCUGAAAGUAAAGAAGCAAAAGUAACACCUAAACCAGAAAAUUUAGUGCCAUUUGGGGAUGUGGUUGGCUGUCUGGCUAUUCAUGUAAAGAACUGCAGUCAUUUUAUACCUAAGACCGAUGUACAGCAUGAGAACAAUUUUUUCAUUCGUAUCUCUAUAAACAACAUUGUGAAAUGUACAAAACUAUGUAGCUUGCUACCCCAAAAUAUACCAUUUAUCAUUAAUGAAAGGAAAACUGUGAUUAAGUUUGAUGAAGUGAAGUAUUUUUCUGUACAGGUUCCCAGACGUCAGAAUGAUGCACGGAAUAAUAUUUACCUGGAUCUAAUGCAAUUUGAUAAUAAAGAAAAGCAUAUUUUGUUAGGGCGUGUUGAGGUACACCUUUAUGAAGUAAUUCAGAAAGGGUGCUUUACUGAAGAAUUUCAAAUGUUGAAGGAAAACACAUUUGUCUGCAGGAUGGAGGUGGACUUUAUGUUCUCCUAUGGAAACUUUGGUUAUGGAUUUUCACAUCAGUUAAAACCUCUUCAGAAAACUGUUGAGCCACCUAUGUUUAUGAAUGUCCCACCACCUCCGGAAAGAACAGACCCUGUGACAAAUAUUAUUAUACCACAGUCAAUAGAAUAUCCAGCAUUCUUAUCCCCAGACCUGAAAGUUACUGUUGGGAUGCCACCUCCGGAAGCCCAACCCAACCAGCCCCCUGCAGUGCGACUUGAAAAACUUCAGCAACAACCUCGGGAAAGGCUGGAAAAAAUGAAAAAAGAAUAUAGAGAUCUGCCUACAUGGAGAGAAAAAGCUUCGUAUUUAGAAGGAAUUCUUAACCCCAAAUCGGGACCUAAUGAACUUAAGGGAAGUAAUAUCUAUGAGGUACCUGAGAGCCAAUUUGAAAAGAAGCCUGAAGAUACUGUAACAUCAGAUAUCUCUCAUAUAAAUAAGGAAGUUGAAACUAUUCCAGCUGAGCAGGAUGGAGAUAACUCAAAGGCGUUUGGUCCUAAAAGGGAUGAACCAGCAAAACAAGGAGCUGCUCAAUUGUUCACUAUUCCUAACCUGACAAUAACCGAAGGGAACAAAAUGAUACCUUUAGAGGAACACCAAUAUGAACCUGUAACAGACAGAAAACUGCAUACCAAACCCUUGCAACCAGAAGGAAAAUUAUUGGAUAAACGUCCAAGCAUUUUAAAGCGAGAAUCAUCUACAUCACAGAGUUCAUGUUCAUUUAGCAUGCUGGAUGAAUAUGUAAAGCUCCCUGGUUUUAUGCAUGUGUUAAUGCAAGAUAGGAACUGUGGAUGGCUAAAUACAAAUAAAAAAGGAAAAACAAAUCUCAACACCAAGGACAGUUUGGAUCCUUUUCUAAGGCUUCCAAACAACAAAAUAUCAGCCACUAAAAGGAGCUACCAAGAUAUGUCCAAAUAUACAAACACUUUAAGUACAGAGGUUAUAGAACACGAGGACCAAGAUCCUCCUUACCCAACACAUUCAAAACCUCCAAGCCCUGCUGAUACAAACCGGCCCAGUGGUCUUGAUAGCAGCAUUGUGGACGCUAAGACUGUAGACACUAAGAAAAAGUUCGCCCCUGAUCCUGAUAUCAUCACAAUACAGACUUUAAGCAGUAAGAAUAAUUUAGACGGUGAGCCUACCAUUACCACAAUAAAGAGUUUAGAUAUUAAGAAUCACUUGAAGGAAAGACUGCCAGCUGCGUCUUUGCCAAACUUUGAAGGAGAGUCAUCACUGACUGGAAAUGUAGGUGUCCAUACAGGCCGCCUCUCAAGAUCAUUAAGUUUUACUUCCCUCCUAGACAACUUAAAACAGUCAGUGGUGCUCAAGCCAAAUUUAAGUGAAAAUCUUGAAGACCUUAUAGAUAAAUUACUUUUUAAACCAAAAAUUCCUAACGGCACUGAAGCAAGAGAGAAAAGCCAUAUUUCUCCACUUCUGAGUGUUCAUGAUAAACCACCAACAAGUUUGGAAGACAAAAUACUUGAAAAAAUCCAAGAUUUAAAUUACUGGCUUUCAGAAGAAGAUAUUUUGAAUUCAGAGUCUCCUGUAAAUCCAAAAACGAAAGAUAUUUCUGGAGUUUCAUUGUCAGAAGGUGGGCCAGGAAAUUCUCCAGAGAUAGAAAGGGACCUCAUCUCUGAAAACCACUUGGAGGACGGUGAUAUAGCUUUUCCAAUAAUAAAAAAAAGUAGUUUCAAAAAGAAACAUUUAGAAAGUGAAGUGUCUAGCCCCGAACCAGAUUUCAAUAGCAUCGCGCAUGAUUACAUUAUCAAGCAGAUAUUCACUGCCCCAUUCUUCUCCAAGUUGGCUAUGGGAGUGGAAGAAUUGAGUGAGACACAGAUGAACUGGCAGAAUCAAUUACCCAUAUCUUGGGAGAGUUUAUCUUCAAAUAUUCCAGGUCACUAUGAAGAAAAUGAUGAUGGGAGAGAAUUGCCAGAGGCCAAAUCUGUUGCAAGCCAGAUAAUUGAAGCAUUUUCUGUAGAUACUCUUUUAGAAUCUGGGAUCAUCAAAGUGGUAGAAUUAGGUGAAGACCAGAAGGGUUCUUUGCUGCACAGAGAGACAGCCUUUGCUGGAGAAAAGCCAAAGGACUCCACAGAAGUUCAUUCAGAAAUCAAGAGCAAAACAGAUUUUCUUUCAAAGCAGAAUAUACCCAUCAUUCCCAAAGAAACCACUUCUUUUUUGAAUAGAGCCACAUUUAUAGACAAAGGCCAAAAUACCUCCCUACAAGACACAAAAUACCAGUCAACACCAGAUGAAAAAACAGAUUUGCCAAGUAAUGGUCAGAGGCUUGAUAGAGAAGAAAAUGAUCUAAGUUCUACCUUAGAAAAUUUAAGUACCUUGUUAAUGGGUAAACUUAAUGAGCCAGAUGUAACAAUGUUAAAAUCCUUUUUCAAAAACAUAUUUAAUGUUUUUUUAAAACAUAAUCAGUCUGAAAAAAGAAGACAACCAGAAAAAGAAUUAGAGAGACUAAUCCAACAUCCUUUUCUAAAUAAUGCAGAAGACCUUGAAGAAAUCAAAGAGAAUUUUGAUGAAGCGGACAAAUUAGACAGAAAACCUAAUUUGAAUCCAAAGUUGCGUGUAUUUCUAGAUGCACUCUCAGAGUCAGAAAUUAAAAAAAUUAAAUCUGAGGUAAGCAAACAUAUCCAGCAUUACCUUGUAGAAAGACUUUCAGAAUCAGGACAUAUCACCAAAGAGGAUUUACCCAAAAUCUAUCAAAAUCUGUAUUUGAUAAAUGAGAAAAGAGAACCAAAAGAGCAAAAUGUUUCUCUGGAGAAAUAUUCAGAAAUUGUAAAAGAAACGAUGUCUUUUGUAAAUAAUUUUAAUCAUCAUUUUAUAGAUAAAAAUUUGGAAAUAAGCCUGAGAUCCUUUUUAAAUGAAAUUCUGCAAAACUAUUUCCUAAAAAAUCUUUCGGAAAGCAGUUUAUUUAAAGAGACAGAAUCUGAACCUAUGCACUCAAACAUACCUUCUCUAAAAACUAAAAGUUCUUCAAUAUCUUUUCAUGAGUUAGGACGAGACAUUUCAAAGGGGAGGUUUGGCAGAAGGCUUGAAAUAAACAUGAAAUAUCCUAUAAAUAAAUCUCUGCAAAACCAUCUUAUAGGUUUAUCAGAAAAUGAACUAUUAAAUCUAAAAGCUGAUUUAAGGAAAUACCUUCAGGUACUUUUUAUAGAUAAACUUUCAAAAUCAGGACUAAUCACUGAAAGGCAAUUAAAGGGAAUCAGCAACCGUAUAAAUUUGAUUAAGUCUAGUUUCACACCAUUAAAAUGUAUAAAGCCAGAUUUAUCUUUCAGAGAUGAAAAUAAAUUUAUGAAUGAGCAUUCAGAAAAGCAAAAUAAAUAUCCAAAAGUUGUUCAUAAAGCUACUUUACAAAAGGCACCUGAGGAUAGAAUUGUAGAAACAGAACUGACCAGGAAGGAUGAAAAAGAGUAUUUUCCCUUACAGAAUACUAAAGAAAAUCCAGCAAUAAUUAGAGAACAGAAAACACUGACUUUAAUUAAAGUACAACCUUCUUCCAACAAAAAUACCCAAGCAAUUCCAUCAAAGAAGCCAUCAGAAAGUCCUACAGACAUAGUGCUUAAGAAACAAAGGAAAACACAUGGUUUUGUGCAGCUUUCUGAGGAAGAACAUUUUGAUUUUAAGACAGAGAUUCAAAAUCCACAGAGUUGGAGUGGUAAAUCAGAAAUAACUCAAUCAAACACUUGCUUUGAAAGCACACUAAAAAUGAAGUCCCUUGAAAAAAAGGAGCAGAAUAUCUAUAAAUUGAUGGUACAGGAAAGACAUGAAGUAUUGUUGCCACCGAAUGUUAGGAUUCCUUAUUGCAAACUGCCAAGUGAAGAUGAAGAAGACAUAGGUAAAUUCACGUUUCCUCCCAGGCAGAGGAACACUUUAACUCAUCUCAGUUCAGAGGCUGGGAACAACCAUUGUCAGAGACUGAAAGGAUAUAAUAACAAUAAUAGAAAACAAUAUUUAGAAACACUUGCACAUUCUGAAAAAGAAAUACAAACUCUUUAUAUAAAACCAAGUGAAAUUUGCAAUGAAAAAUGUGCAAAGGUCCUUGAAUCGUUUAAAUAUAAAGUUGUGGAAGCUGAGAAAAACUCAAAACCAUCCCUCUUCCCAGAAGUAUUGACGAGAGGAAAUCUAAAGCCCAAGGUCCGAAAAGAAAGAGACCAUGUCAACAAACAAACAAAGUCACCCAAGAUGGUGAAGAUACUAGCACCCACGCCGCCCACCAGGAAAAGGCCCAGGAAAUCUGUCCCGCGGACAUUGCUUCAUUGGACUGCAAGAAGAACGAUACACGAUUGUUCGGAUAGAUUUGAGGAGGAUCUUCCUAUGACCUCAUUUCAGCAUCUUGAAAAAGUGAAAUCAAGAGCAAGGCUUUUAGAAAAGAACCCAGAUGAGAGCCACGAUCGGUUGAAACAUGCAAGACCAUGUACUGCUCCGGGGGUUAACAAGCGUCGAGAAAGCUACACUGGAAAGUUUACAAGUUCUCGAAUGGUUUCAGCAGGCUUAGUUCAUUUAAAUGACACAGUCCCAGAUUAUGAAAUCCAUAAAACACAGCCAAAAAUUUUUAAAAGAAAAUGCUGAAAAUGUUUGCUCACUUGUGAUAUUAUCCAGUUGUUAAACAGCUCAGAAUGAUAUGUGAGGCCGACAGUCAGAAUAUCAUUUCUCCAAUUAACAAAAUGGUUUGGAGAUCUGUCCUUUCGUGUGAUAGAAGUCAGCAACCAAAAUUCAUCUUGUUAGAACCAUUUUGUUUUAAUUAAAAUGUAAAAGAAACACUUUUUGAUGUAAAUGUUUUUGUUUAUGAACCAUAGGGAACACAGAAAUACAUAUUCAGUUCAUAUUCAUUAGCAAAGUUGUAUUCCCAGCUUUUCUUCUUUUUCAUUAUAUGACAGAAUUGCUCUAAUUCAUAGCUCUCAGAUUUUUCAAAUUUGUGUUAUGCUCUGAAUGAUCCCAAUCACCGGUUUUUAAGUUCUCUAUGUGCUGUUGGUCCUCCUUUAACUCUUCAACUUUAGUUAUAUUACUUGAUUCAACAGAGUAUAAUUCUCUAGGCCUAUAAAACUUGUUAAUUUUAAUAUUGGCUAUCACAACUUUUUACACUAUAAAGAUGAUAAAGAGCCGGAUUAAUAUGAAUUCCUGAGGCAGCUCCUACACUGUAGUGACUUUCUUACUUGAAAAACUAUGAAAGGGCCUCUUUAAUAACACAAAGCUCAGGAAGCUGCGUACAUCUAUAGAAACUGCCUAAAAUAUUACUUAGCAAAUCAGCCCAGGAUUUAAAUCAGAGACUCCUGAGAAUUGGCUCUGUUCUCAUCAAGGACAGUAUUUGGAUCUUGUUGAACGUAGGUUCAUUCUUGAGAAGCAAAACUUCAAUGUAUAGAAUUUUUGUCUGUUUCAAUUUUUCUCCCAUAAGUCAUAAAAACGAUGGGGUUUAAAUAGUUUGGCUAAUGGGGAACUUAAAUCCUGAUCAUUCAUUUAAUGGUAUGAUCAAGGUAAUACAUUUUUUUGGAGGCCAAGAAUUUCUAGUAAUCCUCAAAGUUGUACUUGCAUCAGUCAUAGUGUAACUGGGAAAAGUUAUAACUUAGACUCUUCA